GAGCCCCACCAGAUUCACUGCAAGCUUGACUCAGGGAUGAGUACAAGCCGAGCUAAUCACUACAGCAUAGUGUCCUCCGAGGAAGACGGGCUGAGGUUGACCACCAUGCCAGGAGUCAACGGCUUUGGAAAUGGCAAGAUCCACACCAGGAGGAAAUGCCGGAACAGGUUUGUGAAGAAGAAUGGGCAGUGCAAUGUGGAGUUCACCAACAUGGAUGACAAGCCUCAGAGGUACAUUGCCGACAUGUUCACGACGUGUGUGGACAUCCGUUGGCGGUACAUGCUCUUGCUCUUCUCCCUUGCCUUCCUGGUUUCCUGGUUAUUGUUUGGGCUGGUUUUCUGGCUCAUUGCGCUGGUCCACGGAGACCUAGAGAACCCAGCUGGGGAUGAAAGCUUCAAGCCUUGCGUUCUUCAAGUGAAUGGCUUUGUGGCCGCUUUCUUGUUCUCCAUUGAAACCCAAACGACAAUAGGCUAUGGAUUUCGCUGCGUGACCGAGGAAUGCCCGAUUGCAGUCUUCAUGGUGGUCGUGCAGUCCAUUGUGGGGUGUAUAAUAGACUCCUUCAUGAUAGGUGCAAUAAUGGCAAAGAUGGCCAGGCCCAAGAAAAGGGCUGAGACUUUACUAUUCAGCCAUAAUGCAGUGGUGGCCAUGAGGGAUGGGAAGCUUUGCCUGAUGUGGAGGGUGGGGAACCUCCGGAAAAGCCACAUAGUAGAAGCUCACGUCCGAGCUCAAUUAAUUAAGCCCAGGAUCACAGAGGAAGGGGAGUAUAUACCACUUGACCAAAUAGACAUCGAUGUUGGUUUUGAUAAAGGCUUGGACCGUAUUUUCUUGGUGUCUCCCAUUACUAUACUUCACGAGAUCAAUGAAGAGAGCCCCUUGUUUGGGAUUAGCCGCCAGGACUUGGAGACGGAUGACUUUGAAAUCGUGGUUAUUCUUGAAGGGAUGGUGGAAGCCACAGCCAUGACAACGCAAGCGCGGAGCUCAUACCUGGCCAGCGAGAUCCUCUGGGGUCAUCGCUUUGAGCCCGUCUUGUUUGAGGAGAAAAACCAGUACAAAGUAGACUAUUCCCACUUCCACAAAACCUACGAGGUCCCAUCAACCCCGCGCUGCAGCGCCAAGGACUUGGUGGAGAAUAAAUUCUUACUUCCUAGCACCAACUCCUUCUGUUAUGAGAAUGAGCUCGCCUUCAUGAGCCGUGACGAAGAGGAAGAAGACGAUGACAGCAGGGGUCUGGAUGACCUAAGCCAAGACAACAGGCAUGAAUUUGACAGGCUUCAGGCCACAAUAGCAUUGGAUCAGAGGUCAUACAGAAGGGAGUCAGAAAUAUGACUCUUGGUCCGUCUGCUAACUGUUGUGAGGGUCUUUUUCCUCUCCUCUCUUCCCCUACAACCCGCUCAAAUUAUGCAGAACAAUGCAAGUGCCAUAGGAAUGCUUGAGAAAUUAGUAUUGUUCAUAGUUUUAAGUCUCAUUGCAAUAACCACUGAACGGUCUGCGACAGGAAACCACAGCAGGCCACGGAGUGUUUUGAACGUCCAGUGUUGAUAACGCUAUUAGAAACCGAACCGGAGGCAGAUGCAAUAUGGCAGUGCAGACAAGGGGGAGCGGCCUGUGUGAUCUACGCAGAAGCGUCUUCCUUAGAUGCAGAGAGACCGUGUUUUUUGUUUUCGUGCGUCCGCUAGAAAUGCGAGCCUUUUCUCAGAGCUGAGCACUGCGAGGUUCAAAAGGAGGAAAUAUCAGGAAACAAAUCUGUCGUCUUCUUCUUUCUUUCUUUCGUUCUUUUUUUUUCUUUCUUCUUUUUCACUGAACAAAAAUGAAUCUUUCCGGCAGGCAGUGUGAUCCAGUUGCACAAAAACAACACUUGAAAGACCAUGCAACAUAAAUACUACUUUUUAA